UCAAAUAACUGCCAUUCAGCAGCGCAGUUGAGGAGUAAGUGGAGUAAGCCCCUUUCUAGAAGUGUUCCUGUCUCGUUCUCCUCUCCGAUUUCGACAGUUCUCAGCUUAGUUUCGUUGUCAUCCGUUGACAGCCUACAUUCGAACCGGAUCUCCCUCAAAAUUUUGCCAUGAACUCCAACCCGAGGCUGGCCCCCGCCAUGCGGCAGUCGAGCCAGGCCAGGGACCGGCCCGAGAAGGACCGGGACGAGAACGCCUGGCCGAAGGAGGCGCAGCUCCACCAACCCCCGGAGCAGACCCAGCUGCUGCUCGCGGAGCGGGCCAGCGGCCUGGCCGUGAAGGCCUAUCUGCUGCAGUGCGGCCUGCCCUUUCUGGAGCGGAUCAGCGACCACGCCGAGUUUAUGUCGCCGGGUGGACGGCUCACUCGGCUGCCCCUGCUCCGGCUGGGGCCCGUGCGGGUCUUAUCCGAGUUCGGACCGAUCGCCGCCCACGUGGAGGCCACACAGCCGGGGCACUGCCUGGACGGCUGGCUGGCGGAGGAGCAGCGCGACGAGAUGCGCUGCCUCGCCAGCUACGUGGAGAACGUCUUCAGCCUGGCGGAGAUCCACUUCAGCUUCAUGGACACUCUCAACUACCAGCUGUACACCGGACCGAGGAGCGGGGCGGCCCAUCCGUGGCCGCUGUGCCUGCUGCGGCGGUUCGCCAAGCAGCGGGAGGCCAACCGGCUCCUGAAGGUCUACCAGUGGACGACCUUGGACCCCGACGAGGUCCUGCACGAGGUGAGCCUCUGCUGCGGCGCGCUGGUGGCCAAGCUGGAGGAGAACGAGGCCGGCGCGAAGUACUUCUUCGGGGCGAGGCCCUGCCAGCUGGACGCCCUCGUCUUCGGCCACGUGGCCGCCAUCCUGUCCACCCGGAUGCCCAACAUGGAGAUGACCGACCUGCUCUACGGCUUUCCGCGCCUCAUAGCCCACUGCCGGCGCAUCGACAACAGCCUGUUCCAGGGCCAGCUCCUGGCCGAGGAGGGCGAGGACCUCCUUGACGACCAGGAGGAGGAGGAGGAGGAGGGCGCCACGGAGCAGCACAAACAAAAUUAAAGACGGUGGAGCGCCCAGGACAAAGGA